AUGUCCAAGGCCGCCGUUGGUACCAAGUUCCGCAUGACCCUGGCUCUGCCAGUCGGCGCCGUCAUGAACUGCGCCGACAACUCUGGCGCCAAGAACCUCUUCGUCAUCGCCGUCCACGGCAUCGGUGCCCGUCUUAACCGUCUCCCUGCCGCCGCCGCCGGUGACAUGGUUGUCGCUUCCGUCAAGAAGGGUAAGCCCGAGCUCCGUAAGAAGGUCAUGCCCGCCGUGGUCGUCCGCCAGCGCAAGCCCUGGAGGCGUCGUGACGGCGUCUUCCUCUACUUCGAGGACAACGCCGGUGUUAUCGUCAACCCCAAGGGUGAGAUGAAGGGUUCGGCCAUCACUGGCCCCGUUGCCAAGGAGUGCGCCGACAUCUGGCCACGAAUUGCCUCCAACGCCGGUACCGUCGUCUAA